AACUGCCGCUCGAAAAUGACUCAACAAAUGCAGAACUUACAUCUUUCUCAGUCAAAAAAGCACAGCGCUCCAUCGUCUCCCAAUGCUGCUAAGCGCCUGUACAGGAACCUCUCGGAGAAGCUGAAGGGCAGUCACUCGUCCUUUGAUGAGUCCUAUUUUAAAACCAGAACGGACCGGCUGAGUCUCAGAAAGACCUCCGUGAAUUUCCAGGGUAAUGAAGCCAUGUUUGAGGCUGUUGAGCAGCAGGACCUAGAUGCUGUACAGCUCCUCCUCUACCAGUACACACCGGAAGAACUAGAUCUGAACACACCAAACAGCGAGGGACUGACGCCUUUGGACAUUGCCAUCAUGACCAACAAUGUGCCCAUUGCUCGGAUUCUUCUGAGGACAGGGGCCCGAGAAAGUCCACACUUCGUCAGCCGGGAAAGCCGAGCCAUGCACCUCAACACACUCGUCCAGGAGGCCCAGGACAGGGUGAGUGAGCUGUCGGCCCAGGUGGAGAACGAAGGCUUCACUCUGGACAACACCGAGAAGGAGAAGCAGCUGAAGGCGUGGGAGUGGAGGUACCGGCUCUACAGACGCAUGAAAACCGGCUUCGAGCACGCCAGACCCCCAGAGGUGCCAGCCAAUGCCUGUCUCAUGGUAACCAGCAGCACGUCACUCACUGUCAGCUUCCAGGAGCCCCUCAGUGUCAAUGCAGCUGUGGUGACAAGGUACAAAGUGGAAUGGAGCAAGUCUAAAGACUUUUCCCCUUUGGCUGGGGAGAUCCUCAUGGACAACCUGCAGACCCUGAGGUGCACCAUCACAGGCCUCGCCACGGGCCAACAGUAUUUUGUUCAAGUCUCAGCUUACAACAUGAAAGGAUGGGGACCAGCUCAGACCACAACGCCGGCAUGUGCCUCUCCCUCUAACUGGAAAGACUAUGACGACAGAGAACCCAGACACAAGGGACAGAGCGAAGUUCUGGAGAGCCUGCUGCAGCAGGUCCGAGCCCUUCAUCAGCAUUACAGCUGCCAGGAAAGUUCGAAAUUGCAAACCACGGGCCGCAAGCAGUCAGUGUCGAGGAGCCUGAAGCACCUGUUCCAUUCCUCCAACAAGUUUGUGAAGACCUUGAAACGAGGACUCUACAUAGCUGUUAUAUUUUAUUAUAAAGACAAUAUGUUAGUCACCAAUGAAGACCAAAUACCAAUUGUUGAAAUAGAUGACUCUCACAGCAGUUCUAUUACCCAAGAUUUUCUGUGGUUCACAAAGCUGUCUUGUAUGUGGGAAGACAUCAGGUGGCUGAGGCAGAGUGUGCCCAUCUCCAUGUCUUCAUCCACAGUGCUCCAAACUCGGCAGAAGAUGCUUGCUGCAACCGCCCAGCUACAGAAUUUACUUGGAACGCACAACUUGGGAAGACUUUACUAUGAGCCCAUUAAAGAUCGCCAUGGCAACAUCCUCAUAGUCACCAUCAGAGAAGUAGAGAUGCUUUAUUCCUUUUUUAAUGGCAAAUGGAUGCAGAUCUCAAAACUGCAAAGCCAGAGGAAGUCCCUGUCAACUCCCGAGGAGCCAACAGCCUUAGACAUUUUACUAAUAACCAUUCAGGAUAUUCUCUCCUAUCACAAAAGGAGUCAUCAGCGUCUCUCUCCUGGACUGUAUCUAGGUUACCUAAAGCUAUGUAGCUCUGUGGAUCAGAUCAAAGUGCUCGUAACCCAAAAGUUGCCCAACAUUCUCUGCCAUGUGAAGAUCCGUGAAAACAGUAACAUCUCCAAAGAGGAGUGGGAGUGGGUCCAGAAGCUUUCUGGCUCCGACUCUAUGGAAAGUGCGGAUCAUAAUGCAGACUGCCCCGUGCCAUUGUUCUUCUACGAGCUCCAGACGGCAGUGAAGGCUCUCCUGAAGCAGAUCAAUGUACCUCUGCACCAGGCACGGAACUUCCGCCUCUACACACAGGAGGUGUUGGAAAUGGGUCACAAUGUGUCCUUUCUUCUCCUGCUCCCUGCCUCAGACGACGUCUGUACAGCCCCAGGACAGAAUAAUCCUUACACCCCACACUCAGGGUUUCUUAACCUCCCUCUUCAGAUGUUUGAACUCGUUCAUUUUUGCAGCUACAGAGAGAAAUUUAUUAGCCUGUAUUGCCGUCUUUCUGCUGUUGUGGAGCUGGACGCCCUGAACACCCAACAGUCCCUGAGGGAAGCAAUCUCAGACAGCGAGGUUGCAGCUGCCAAACAAAGACACCAGCAAGUGUUAGACUUCAUUCAGCAAACAGAUGAAGUCUGGCGUGAAAUGAGGUGGAUCAUGGAUGCUCUACAGUAUGCAAGAUACAAGCAACCUGUCUCUGGCUUGCCCAUCACUAAGCUGAUAGACCCCUCCCACGAGCAGAAUCUAAAGAAGAUCAGUUCUACAUCAUCACACAUAGACUGUCUUCCAUCAACAUCUCCAUCCCCAGAGAUGCACAGAAGAAAGACAGUGAGUGAGUCACAGCCCUGCUCCGAUGAAGAAGGCUGCUCAGAAGUCUUCCUCCCCACCGACAGUGACUAUGACUCCAGUGAUGCCCUGAGCCCACGAGACCUGGACCUGGUUUACCUGUCAUCACAUGACAUCGCCCAGCAGGCCCUCAGUGGCCUCAGUGGCAGCGCCCCAGACGUCCUACAGGUGCACGACAUGAAGGCCUCCAUGGGGCCGGGCCAGGACCCUCCGGGCCCAGUGCAGGGCCCAGACACCGACCACUCAUGUGCAGAGUUUCUCCACAGCCUGACCCUCACAGGCUUGGCACCCAAGAACCACACCAAGAUGGUGCCAGGCACACGGCCGCCGCUGGGCUUCCUGGGAAAGAGGAAGCCAAGCAAGCACCAGCAGCACUACGGUGGCUUCAGCCGCCACCACCGCUGGCUGCGCAUGCACAGCGAGACACAGUCGCUGUCGCUCUCGGAAGGCGUCUACACGCAGCACCAGUCUAGGGCCUGUGGCUUGCCUCGAGAUCCUGGGGAAGCCGAGGGGCCUGGAGCUGUGGUGGAUGGGCCCCGGGGCCUGCCUCUGGCCCACGCGGCCAGCCUCCCAGAGGAACGGAGGAGCUGCCUCCAGGACCCCAGGCGCUCAGUGCACAGAGUCUAUGUGGAAGCCUACCCGGAUACACUCAUGGGCCAGGACACCAAACUGUGGACUGGGUUGAGUCCUACCCCUGCGGGCCGUACCAGCCUGCCAAGCCCCACUAGUUCAGAGAUGAGCCCAGACCCCACAUCCCCGGUUUCAGAAAUCCUAAGCAGUAUGCUUUAGAGUGGCCCAGGCCGGCUAUCUACUGUGCCCCCCACCCACCCAC